AUGGCUUUCCAAAACGCUCAAGAGCCCACGGAGGAGCCUUGGGGACCAAACAUCACCGAAGAAGAAAUCGACGACGAAGCAGCCAGAGGAGGGGUGGAUCUCGACGCAACUGAAAAAGAGAUUGACGACAACGCAAAUAAAGAAGGAGGCGAAGUAGUCAGACAAUACCUUCGAUCCCCGGUUAAUCCUGUUAAGAAGAAGAAGAAGAAGAAGAAGAAGAAGAAGAAGAAGAAGAAGAAGAAGAAGAAGAAGAAGAAGAAGAAGAAGAAGAAGAAGAAGAAGAAGAAGAAGAAGAAGAAGAAGAAGAAGAAGAAGAAGAAGAAGAAGAAGAAAAAGGAGGAGGAGGAGGAGGAGGAGGAGGAGGAGGAGGAGGAGGAGGAGGAGGAGGAGGAGGAGGAGGAGGAGGAGGAGGAGGAGGAGGAGGAGGAGGAGGAGGAGGAGGAGGAGGAGGAGGAGGAGGAGGAGGAGGAGGAGGAGGAGGAGGAGGAGGAGGAGGAGGAGGAGGAGGAGGAGGAGGAGGAGGAGGAGGAGGAGAUAACCUUAAACGGCCUCAAACUUAAAGACUGGCUACAUCAAAACGCCGAUCAAUUUCCUGUCCGUUCCAGCGAGGACAGGCUGGCAUUCAUCCGCAAAGAGCUGUGCUUGCCUUCUGAAAAGUCCGCCGACGAGAUUGAGGACCGAUUCUACGAGACUCCCUCGCUUUUGCGCGCUGUGCUGCUUCCAGUGCACUGUUAUGCGACUCAGAGGAAACAAUACGAAAAGAGUGAUGCGGCAUUAGAGCUUGCGUAUAGCAUGUGGAGUUUCCGCUGGAAAAACAUGGAGAAUUGGUUCAAUACUGCUGCUGAGUGA